UGAGGAGAGCAGUUUUCUCUACUGAUCAUGAUAAAGAAACCCACAAGCGACAUUCUUACGCAAACCCUCCCUGAGAAGCAGAACUCCUCUUAGCAAACCAGGCUGUUUAGGCUCUUAGACCAGGCUGUUAAGGUGAUACACGCGUGGAUUGUCACAUUGAGGGAGCCAGUUUUUCUGCCUGUAUCAAAAUAUUGGGGAGCUUUGCGGAAUCCAGGAUGUCAAGGCAGAUGUGAAAUCACUCAUGGCGAAAUUUAACAAAGGUAGCAACCCCACAGAGGAUACAUCUGGUAACAGUCGACCUUUCAAAGUCCCAGGACAAUUUAUCCAUACAGGAUUACAGACAAAGAAAGCAGCACUUGAGAAAUUUGCAAGUGAAGGAACUAUAUCUCCUCUUUCAGGACCCAGUACCCUCCACAAACCUGCUCAUCCUAAGCCUCCUCUGGCAGCCAAGCCUUCAAAUGACGAUAAAACAGAGAAGGAUCUAAAGUCCCCAUGUUUGAAACCAGUGGCACAAAGGUUUGGGGUUCAGCUUCAGCCAACUAACAGAGAAAAUGAUGGAAAAGCUGGAUGCACUAAACCCCCCACCAAAACCAGUGACCUGGCAAAAGAAGAACCAAAGCCUCUGUAUCCUAAAAUUGCAGGGAACAAGUUCCUUAACUCUGGUCCUCAUGAGAAAGAAAAAAAUCCUCUGGGGAAAAAAACAAAUUCAAAUUUUGUACCACAGGAAAGUGAGGCAAAACCAGCAUUUUCAAAAGUAACUGCAGUUAAGGAAAAGUUCAUGUCUGCAACACAAGCAAAUGAGCCCAAGCCUUCUUUCUCUAAACCACGACUUGCACAGAAACCUUCUCUCAACCAUGAGGUUACCCCCAACGAAGACACUUCUAAUAAAAAUGUGUUUCUGCAAAAAGGACUAUCAAGCCCUAGACCAAAUAUACACUCAUUUAAAGCAGCAAAGGAAAUGGAUGAAAAUAGUAACCGUGCUGCAGAAGCUGCAGGCAGUAAUUUUUUUAAUAUGGCUCUGAAACCUACUGGCCACUGGUCCAGCUUAUCUCAAGGCAAUCAUGAAAAUGUGGAGAAAAAGACUGAAGAAAAGGAAAUGAAUGCUGCCAAGAACAUCCUUCUCAACAAAACCAUCCAGGAAGAAUCAGGUUCUUCUUCUAAGUUCCGUAAAAUGAACACAGAGCUUGCUGCAGGAAGGUCAUCAGGUGGAUCUCAAGAGAAAAAGGAUGGGAACAGGAGCUCAGGACCCCCUAUGCAAAAAUCCUUGCCCCCACUGUUCAGCCUGGGCCAACCCCCACAGAAGCCCAGCAGACCCCCCAGCGUGGACCUGGAAAAGUUCCGCAAGAGGAUACCAAAAGACAGCCCUAAAAAUGAAGGUUUGAAACAGAUAGCACCUUCCUCAGCAGCACUCUCCCCACCUGUACCUCCACCACACGCAGCUAUGCAGUUAUUUCCUCCACCAGCCUCCCACCCAUCCCUGCAGGCCCCAGCAGUCCCCAGCCUGCCUCCCAGAAACAUCAAGACCGGCUCUGAAACAAAAAGUAUUCCAGACAAUGAGGAAAAUUACGAUGAUGUUGAAUUUGUUUCACAGGGUCACAGAAACACAGAGGGGGGCCAAGAAAGUGGUGGAGAGAUGUAUGAAGACAUAAAUGAUAUCAGAUCAAUGGGAAAAAAGAAGAAGUUGGAGAAGGAAGAAAAGAGAAGAAUGAACCAAGAGAAGAAAGAACAAAAGGAAAAAGAAAAGAAAGAGCAAGAAAUGAGAAAGAAGUUCAAAUUAACAGGACCCAUCAACGUCCUUCAUCAGGCACGAGCCUGUGUUGACCACAAGGGAGGGAAGAAUGAGCUGACUGUCAAACAGGGGGAUGAGAUUGAAGUCAUUCGCCUCACAGACAACCCAGAAGGAAAGUGGCUGGGCAGGAUAAAAGGCUGUUAUGGAUACAUUAAAACAACCAUGGUGGAGAUUGACUACGACUCUUUAAAAAGAAAGCAACCAGCUAUCAGACCUGCUGUGAAACAUCCAGAGAAUGACCAAGUGUAUGAUGAUGUUGGAGAGCGGGACAGUAUUAGCAGUCAGAGUGGUGGUCAAAGUGGAGCUGGAAACAUGUUCCCACCUCCUCCUUCUGAUCAAGAAAUUUAUGAUGGGAUUGAUGAUGAAGAUGCUGUAACUAGGUCUGUAUCGCAGGAUGAAGAUAAGAAUGGUAUCUGGUCCUGGGGAAUCUUGAAGAAACUAAAGGUCAAAGAUGACAAAAAGAAAAGUGUGCGAGAAAAAACAACCAAAGGCAAUGGGGCAGAAGAUAAUGGAAAUUUGUUCAUGUCUCCUUCAGCAAAGCAGCUUGGAAAAGAUUGUGGAGACAAUUAUGUUUAUGAUGACGUAGAUUCUUCAGACUUCCCUCCUCCACCGUCUGAACUCUGUUCAUCAAAAUCUGCAAACCUUGGAAAACAUAAAUCAGAUGGAAAAGAUGCAGAAAAGCUUAAAAAGAUGGAAAAAGAAGAGAAAGAGUUCAGAAAAAAGUUCAAAUUUGAAGGUGAAAUUAAAGUCCUUUAUUCUACUACCACAGUCCAGGAUUUGCCCCAGAGAAAAUGGGGAUUUAAAGACUUGCAAAUAAAACCAGGGGAGUCUCUUGAAAUUAUAGAAAGUACAGAUGAUACCAAGGUCCUGUGUAGGAAUGAAGAAGGAAAAUAUGGCUACGUUCUGAGAAGCAAUUUAGUUGAGAACGAUGGAGAGAUUUACGAUGAUAUUGGUGAUGAUUGCAUCUAUGAUAAUGAGUGAUGCAGAAUUCUAUGCAAGAGCCUCAUUGAAGAUCCAAAUCUAUUUCAGACUUUCUAAUGGUGAAAGCAAGAGAAGUCACUAAAGCUGAUCCCAAGUUAAUUGGUUACUCUCUUCUAAAUGUACAGUUAACCUGUUUUAGGAUUUCAGGGUUCUUUCAUGCCUUGCUUUCUAUGACAUCCAUAUUGCGAUUUAUCUGAGCAAUUAAAAUCCUGAAAACAUGAGCUAAAGUUAAGGUUAUAAUUUUACACUUUCUUUCCACAUUUGUGACAGUCCAUGUAAAAAACAGUUCUUUGAUUAGCUAUACCCAAAGAGGUCAGUUCAGGGCUAUGAAAGAUACUGAGGUCAACAAACCCAGGGAACAGGUUUUACUCUGGUUCUGGUCUACUAGGCACCAGAGACUGCCACUCCAGGGAGGACAGUAUCCUGAAAAGAAAUGCUUCCUUUGGUGAUAACAUCCUGUUGUGAAAACAGAAAAUCAAAAGUGAGCAUCAUAGAAGGCAGUAUAUAGCUGACCUGCCAUUCUAACUGCAAUAGCGUUAGCUACACUGACAUGUACCAUUACUGCUGAAGUUUCUUUUCCUGUGUUAAACUGAUGGUAGAAUACCAGUCUCUAAAAUUUAUUUGACCAUUUUGUAAAGUACUUUUUGAACAGUAUUAAUAGUAUGAUAGUAAUAGUGUUAUAAGUGUUACAUACAGCACUCGCAGAUUCAAACCGCAGAACAGUCUAUAGUAUAGUGUUGUUCAGAACAUUUAGGUUAAGAUUUAGUUUUCAUUUAGUUUGAAGAUUUCUCAUUUUUGUCACUAGUAAUUUAGGCAUUAAAAUGAACCCACAAACUAAUGAUAAACUGGUUGGAAAAGACUUCUAGACUAAACGUAUAUGAAUAUUUAUCAGACCAUUUUGAGAAUAUCUUUUUCUUCUAAGUAAUAUAUUUUACAUUAGACUUGGCUAAAUGGGAGUAUAGAAAUUAAACAUUUCUGUGCUUAUCCAUUGUAGAAACAACUUUCAUUCCUAAGGAUAAGUGAUGAUGCUUUUCUCUGAGUGAGCAAGUAGCAAAUCGAAGUACAAUGAAUGGAUGAAUCAAAAUAAUAAAAAUAUCACUUUGAACUUACAUAGUAGGACUCACUGGAAAUCAAAAGAUAUUUACAGUGAACUCCUAAUAAAGAGGGUGAACAUGUGCAGAAAAUGGAACAUGUAUUUGUAAUGCUUUUGCUGUACUGCAAGAUAAUCAAAAACUUGUAACAACCAACGUGGUUGGAUCAGUGCAAGUAACUCUUCUUGAUAAUCAAGUCUUCUAUAAUCCUCAAGGUAUAAGUAAGGUACACCAUGCAAGCCAGUGCAGUGCAGCAAGCUAACGAGUUUAACUUACAAACAAAAAAUUUUUUACUGUCUUGAAGUCAGUGAGUUUUGGUCUUACCUUCAGCGGAGCUGACAUUUCACCUUAGACAAGCUCCUUCUAUUGGUGGUUCAAAAUACAGUAAAACUGCAAGGAGUGGUGCAUUGCUAUGGGGAUAUCAAAUAUAAAAUUAACUGUAGAACUAAUGGCCUAUAAGCUAUUUUAUACUGUAUUUAAAAUCACCAAUAAUACACUGAAAAGCUAUAUGCAGACCUGGGUUUUCUGUUCUAUAUUUGAUAUUCAACCAGCAUCCAGGCAUACAAAUAGAAUUUUAUGUGUAAGCAUCAGCACCGAACUUUAAAAUAUGAUCUUGUAUAUUAAGUAUAAUGAAUGUGGCUUGACUAUUUGGCUGUAUUGCUGCUGGUGGUUUACUCAUUUUUCAGGAGCAUUCGAAGAGGGUAUCUGCAUCAAAUUAGUGAUAUGCCAAAGAAGUGAGAGGAACACAGGCAUUUAGAAAUAUACAACCAUUUGUCAUUAAACAAAAAGACAAACAGUUUUACGUUUUACACAGUUAAAUCUCAAAAAAAGUCUGUGUUAAAUUCUAACCUAUAUGCCCAGUCUUGUUUUAGUUUCAACUGAUAGCAGAACUUCAUGUGUUAUAGUAAGGCAAAGGAACUUUCCUUUUGAAUGUAGUUUAUCUUGUAUUAAAGGACUGCAGUAGAAAACACAAACCUCUUUUGUCUCCCUGAAAAAGAUGUUAAUUUUAUUCUUUAUGAGAUUUUUCAGUUAUACAUUCUUAAUAGCUUUUCCAUAUUCUUAGCCUUAAUGUGUUGUAGGUACUGUAUUUCCUUACUGAUUAUGCUGACUGAAUUGGUUGUAUGAUGCAUUAAAUCAACAAAAGAAAUAAUCAUAAGAUACUUUAAGCUAAAAAUCAAAUAUAAUGUGAUUGCUACUGUAAGGUACUGCACACUGAAAAAUUACUGGUAUCGUAUAUUCUUUCUUUUCAUUAUUUUACCAGUGCUGUUCACUGCCUCCAUUUAUUUCUUCUAAAUAAAAGUGUGCUUUCUGACAAGAAAUA